CAAAUGACUACGGUCUAUCGCGAAUCUGCACUACCAAAUUACACGAAGUUGUAAACCGCAACAGCGUGUGCACUGCAACAAACACACUGACUUUCGGCUUUGUCUAUAGAAAAAAAAAAAAUGAGUUAGUCCAUUGAGUCGUUGACGUCAUUACCGUAGGCGUUGAAGGAAAACGCAAAUGUUCAGCUUGUUUUGUAGACAUAGAACAACUAUUUGACAAGUAUGGCAGAACUGAAUUCCCUGGAACAUACAGACCAUUUCCCCAAAGGCUUGUAUUCAUCUAUUUUGCCAUGCCAUUCAUGGGACCAUGGAGAAAAUGUGAGAAAUGCCACUCAUGGCGGUGUGUUUAACCUUGAAUUCUCCCCUGAUGGAUCACUUCUGGUGGCAGCUUGUGAAAAAAAAAGUAUAUUAAUGUUUGAUCCUCUUUGUAAGAAAUUGAUACAUGCUGUUGAUAAUGCACACCUUGAUUGUGUCAAUUGUGUUCGGUUUCUAGAUUCAAAGGUCUUUGCUACAUGCAGUGAUGAUAGUACAGUGGCACUAUGGGAUGCCAGAAACUUUAAGUCUCAAAUACGAACUCUACGUGGCCAUUCAAACUGGGUGAAAUAUAUUGAAUUUUCCUCACGCGAUGGUUUACUUGUGACAUCUGGUUUUGAUGGAAAUAUUUUAACUUGGGAUAUAAACAGUUACUCUGAAAAUGGAUACAAUAGAUUAUUUCAAACCAUUGGUUUAAUGGGGACCAGGCUUCAUUCAGAUGCAUCAAAAAUGCUAAUUAGCACCACAGGAGGAUAUCUAAUGAUUGUCCAUAACUUAAAUUUGAAUACACUUGCUCAAGAUCUCAAUGGAUUUAAGCCCAAUAUGUACCGAUUAAUGCAGUUAAGUCAAACAGAAAUCCCAUUGGCAGCAGAGUUUACUCACUUAUUCUCUCAGCAACGUAAAAUUAACAGAGUUGAGCUGAUUUCCGAUUUUCCAAAAGGAGAUGAUGCAGAAGUUAUCUCUUACCUUCAGAUACAUCCUCAAGGAUGGUGUGCUAUGAGUCGUAACAUUAGUAAUGAUGGAAGUUCUGAGUGGACCUGUAUUCAUGACAUUCAGGAACGUGAAUAUUCUGCGGGAGAGUCUGAUGCUCAUAGUAAAUCAGAGAAUGAACCAUAUGUGGAUUCAUUGUCUCAGUCGAGAGACAGUAGUGUCCAAGAUAGGGAUGGCAAUAGUGUUGGGGACGUGGGUCAUGGUGCUAAUUCUUCAGCUAAUGUUGAACUUAAUGUAUCAUCAGUUGAUGAGUGGGAAGCGCUUAAGGCCAUAAGGGAAGCAAGAAUUCAUCGAGAACGUGAACAAAAGUUUGCAGAGAGAGCAGAGCAGGAAAGAUAUGAAGCACAGAGAGCAGAAAGAACGAGACCCAAAGUGACAAUUCGAAUGUAUCCAGGUAAUUUGGGCAGAACCGAGAGUGAACAAACAAAUUCAGAUGAAAGCAGCAGGAUUGCUAAUAGCAACAAGAGCUGUAACAACAGAAAUAACAAUAGCAAUAACAACAGUUCAAGCGGGUCAGUAGAAUGGAUGCAAGGUCGUGUUCGUGUUACAGUGAGGAGAAAUCCGGACAGUAAUGUUCCUUCCAGUGAAGGUUCCAACAGAGCGGAUGGCACUUCAAAUGGUUCUGUACAUUUUUCGUCGCAUCUGUCGGAAGCAGCAUGUAACAGUAUAUCUCAUCAGAGCCCGAAAAUGGGUUUCAAUUUCUCAGAUUUUCCUAAAUUGAAUCGUCGAAUCCAUCAGAAUAUUCCAAGAUUAACUCACUACAUUGAGGAACAAAACGUGGGUGAAGGGUUUAUUAAGGUGUCAGGUUUUUCUGCUGAUGGGCGGUUAAUUUGUUCUCCUUUUGGUCAUGGUGUUAGGCUGCUUGCAUUUCCCCCUGAAUGCUCUGAAUUCUCAGUUUGUCACCCAGACAAAGCACCUGUUCCAUUACGUGAAUUGGCGACAAAUGUUAGUCAUAACGAUAUAGUAGUUUGCACAAAGUUUUCUCCCCAGAAUUGUUUAUUAGUAUCUGGGUGUUUAAGUGGAAAGAUAGUUUGGCACCAACCUAUU